UUGGGCUCUCCAGAUGAACUUCUCAUGUCCAACUUCCCUGAUUAAGAGGAUCUGAAGACUGUCUGUGGUGAAGAGGAACAGCCGAGAAAUAAAGCGAGAUCUGGUCCUGAAGUUUCAGUUUUUAUCCUGCAGUCUUGUGAAAGUCUGAGCGGUGAGGAGUUUGUGCGCACGAUGGCCGAAGCCCAGCUGUUUGGAUUACAGGAUGAGAUCACCUGCUCGGUUUGUCUGGACUCCCUGAGUGACCCCAUCUCGAUCCUCUGUGGUCACAGUUUCUGUCUGAAGUGCCUCACUGACUACUGGGAUCAGAGCCAAGAGUGCAGCUGUCCUCAAUGCAGAAGGACCUUCACUAUGAGACCUGAACUUCACAGAAACACUGUGCUGAAUGAAAUCAUCAAAAAAAUAAAGAAGCUGAGACUCAGUCCUCGUCCAUCUCAAAGUUAUGCCAGCCCUGGAGAUGUGGAGUGUGACACCUGUACUGGGAAGAAGUUCAGAGCAGUGAAGUCCUGUCUGACCUGCAUGAUCUCCUUCUGUCAGACUCACCUGCAGCCCCACUUUGAAAUAGCGGCCUGGAAGGACCACAAGCUGACAGACCCAGUUAGAAAUCUGAAGGAGGAGAUCUGUGCAAAACAUCACAUGAGUCUGGAGAUAUUCUGUAAAACUGAUGAGACCUGCAUCUGUGUGAUGUGUGUGGUGAAUGGGCACAGUGGGCAUAAAACGGUGGAGCUGGAGACUGAAAGAGAGGAAAAACAGAAACAGCUGGAGGCGACACUGAGUGAAAUCAGGAGGAGAAUUGAGGAGAGAGAGAAGACACUGAAGGAGCAGAUGAAGCCAUACUUUUAUUUUCAGGGCAGCAUGGUGGCGUAG